AAGGAUCAACUUAAAUCUAAGUAUGACCAAGAAGAAAUGGCCUACAGGAAAAGAUCUGUAGGAAAUUGCAGAUACAUGUGCGAACUUUAUAAGGUGGGUAUAUUAAUGAGUCAAACUCUGGAAACAAGUAUAAAAUACCUACUUAAAACGCCAAAUGAAGAAACCCUUGAAUGUGCAUGUAAUAUACUAAAACAUACUGGAAAAACAAUAAGUCACAAAACCACUUUUAAUAAACUUCACGAGUACAUGUCUGCAAAGUACAAGAAUACAAUUUCAAUGAGAAUACGAUUCAUGAUACAGGAUACGAUAGAACUGAAGGACAAUGAUUGGGUACCAAGAAAUAUUCGUCCCAAACAGGAGGUAUGCAACCCAAAGAUAUCAUCGAAACCGGAAAAACUCUCAGCACCGGCACUGAAUGUAUUAUCGACAAAAAACACACCACGAAAACUGAACGACCAAAUAAAAAUUAAGCCGUCUAAGGAAAUUCAAAAGGUCGUUGUGAUUCAAAAUGAUGAAUUAGCAAAUGCCACAGAAAUAAGUGGUCCAAAACAGUCAUUGUUACCUUCAAGUGAUGUUGAAAAUAAUAACAAAUCACUGGAAUUGCCAUGUAUAGGCCUACUGCCCGAGAGCAUAGAAGAAUGCCAUUCGCCGAACACUGAGGAUAUUGAAAUAGAAGAAAUGCAGAAAAAAUAUCGAUCGAUUAUUGACAAUAUAACUGCGGAAAAUAUUGUGCCGAUGGCGAAAAAAAUGAUUUCGCUACCAAUAAAAACAGACGGUUGUCUGAAAAACGUGGUUGAACUUUUAUUUCAGAAGGCUAUGGACAAACCGGAAUUAAUCCCUCAAUACGCGCAUAUUUGUUCGCUUAUGAAAGACAUGGUAGUGCAUUCAAAAGACCGGAAAUUCAUUACUUCGUUUAGAACGCAGUUGAUUACAGUGUGUCAAAACGAAUUCGAGGCGAUGUUCAACCGUAAACAAAUGAUAACCAAAGAUCGCAUCGAAAUCGAAUCCUGUAAAAAUAAAAAAAUGCGAAAAAUACUCCAAUCGUCAUACGAUCAAAAAGAAUUGGACCACAGGAGUCGUGCGAUUGCAAACUGCAGGCUCAUAUGCGAACUCUUAAAAGUGAACGUUUUAGUGCCUCCUGUACUAGAGAUGUGCGUGGCAAAACUCGCGGAGAGCUCAAAAGAAACAUCAAUCGAAUGAAUGCGUGUGUAUUAUACCAGAGCACGCCGGAAACGCAUUCAAAAUUAGCGGCGUGAUUGAGAAACUAUGCGAAUACUCGAUUACGCACAAGCCGAAAUUGUCCUCGAUGAUGCAGUUGAUGGUGAUGGAAACGCUUCGGUUGAAUAUGUUAUUCAAAAACUAUGAAAAACCUAGUAUUGGACGAAAGAGAUGGAAAUAAUCUCAUACAGUCGUCCGUCAAAUGUGAAACUUGUCGGCCUAGUGAAAAAACAAACUUAUUUUUUCUUAAAAAUCCAUCCUCUAAAAUCCAUAUUUUUACACAUUAUGACUUUUACAAAUAUUUAAUUACUAAUGAUCGAAUUACUUUAUAAAUAUUUUUUCAGUGUACCGUUCGCGAUAUAAGAAACCCUAGACGUCACAGUGCGGGUUUAAAAUAUGAUGCUCUUAUUGGUCGAUUUCAAAUUGCCGCGCUUUUAUUAUAUGAAUUAUUAUUAUUGAGCUAUCAUCA